UGUUUGACUGAUCUUUUGUUAUUGGUGGUGCGCGAGGCGAGUGAAACCACGUGGAAACCAAGCCGCCCAAUUGUUUUCGUCUGAAAUUCGCACAGAAAUCAUGGAACAGUACGCCAUCCCGAAUAAACUCCCCUCGGAAGAGGUCAGCGUAUUGACUCACCGCAAGGGACGCCUGAAGCAGUUGGCCAAACGUGCGGAAGCUAACCCACCGGCCAAGAAGAAGCGUACCUCGUUCCGUAAGGUAAACACGUUCGUGGCCCACUCUCGGAUCUCGGAACGCGAUGCAAAGCGCAUCAAGCGCAACUUCCUGAAGAAAGGCGUGCUGCCGAAGAAGGAGGUGAUGUACAAGGAAAAUCAGCUGGUGCUGGUGUACCGUCACCGUGGCAGUAAGGUCAUCGCCAACAAGGAGGUGCUGAAGACGCUGGUUCGACUCGGCCUGCCGGUGCAACGGUCCGCCACACUGCAUCGCCUGACGCACGAGCUAAUCGCACAGCUGAAGGUGGUGGAACCGUUCGUCAUCUGGGGCUAUCCAAACAUAACCGUCGUCCAGGCGCUGCUGUACAAGUACGUCCGGCUGCGCUGCCUGCAAACGGGCGAAGAAUCGAAGAAACCCGUACCGCUGACGUCCAACAAACAGGUGGAAGAUUUGUUCGGUUCCCUGGGCAUGCUGUGCGUGGAAGAUCUGCUGCACGAAAUCAUGAAAGUUGGACCACACUUUGAUGCCAUCCGCGAAAGGCUGCGCACGUUCCUACUGAAGGAUCCGGUCGGUGGAUGGAAGAAGAGCUCGACAAAGGGUAAACUGCGUUCGAUCGGUGGCGAGGCCGGCUUCCGAGGGGAAGAAAUUAAUACACUCUUCCAAAGGAUUGUGUAACGGCUUAGAUGAAUAGCGAGUAUCUAAUGUUAAGAAGACUGUAACAUAAUGCGAAGAAAUUCAAAACGAAACAUAUAAAGAGAGGAAUGGCAGUGCGCACUCUGAUGGACAUACACAAACUAGA